GCCAUUUCUGCCGCGCCCGCUGCUCGCUCCCCCUGCUUCCUCUUUCUCCCCCUCCUCGACUCCUCGUCAAGCUCCCCUGAAUCGCGGCAGCAGCACCGGGGCAGCAAGGCGAGGAUUUUCCUGCUCCGAAUCUACCCGGCUCGGCCCGAUGGGCUCGCUGAUGUCCUGCCUCUCCGACCCAAUCCCGUCGGGGAACAGGUCCCCGCCGCCGCAGCCGAAGCGGCGCUCGUCCACCUCUUCCCGCGGCCGUGGCGGCGGCGGGAGGGACUCCGCUAAGGCCUCCGUGUCCAUAGACGAGGAGGCGCUUACUGCAGCAGCGGCGCUCGUGCUGGGGCAGAGGGGCGCGUCCGGUGGCCUGGGCGCGUUCGAGCGGUCCGCGUCGGUGCGGUACGCGGCCAAGCGGCAGAGCCAGGGCCCGCCGCUGCCCCGAAGUUGCAGCACGCGGCCGAGGUCGCUCGCUGACCCCGAGCUCCAGCCACAGCAACUCCUAGCCAAGGAUUUGAAUACUAAGGAUUUGGAAACCAACGUCAUUGUUCUUGUUCAUGGUGGUGGAUUCGGCGCUUGGUGUUGGUACAAGACUAUAUCACUUCUCGAAGAUAGUGGGUUCAAAGUUAACGCCAUUGACUUAACAGGCUCAGGGAUUCACCAUUACGACACAAACAAGAUUAGCAGUCUUUCAGAGUAUGCUGAACCACUUACGUCUUACCUUAAAGGCUUAGGCGAUGCUGAAAAGGUAAUUUUGGUCGCUCAUGAUCUUGGCGGUGCCUGUGUAUCCUACGCAAUGGAGAUGUUCCCAUCCAGAGUUGCCAAGGCGGUUUUCCUUUGUGCAGCGAUGCUGGCAAACGGGAACAGUGCCCUCGACAUGUUCCAAAAGCAGAUGGACACGAACGGUACUCUCCAAAAGGCGCAGGAAUUUGUCUACUCCAACGGCAAGGACCGGCCUCCCACCGCCAUCAACAUCGACAGGGCAUCGCUUAGGGACCUGUUGUUCAACCAGAGCCCUUCCAAGGACGUGUCGCUGGCCUCGGUGUCCAUGAGGCCCAUCCCCUUCGCCCCUGUGCUGGAGAAGCUUGUGCUCACGGCCGAGAACUACGGCUCGGUGCGGCGGUUCUACGUGGAGACCACGGAGGACAACACGAUUCCUCUGCCCCUCCAGCAGAGCAUGUGUGGUGCCAACCCACCGGAGAAGGUGCUGCGGCUGAAGGGGGCAGACCACGCGCCCUUCUUCUCCAAGCCGCAGGCGCUGCACAAGACGCUGGUCGAGAUCGCCACCAUGCCGCAUGUCCGGGCUUCGUGAGAACGUGUUUGUUCAGCUUCAGGUUUUUGCCGGCCGGUGAGCUUACAUGGCUGUUGUACAUGCUGAGGAUGAUGGUAUGGCUUGUGGCGGUGUGGCAGCGACAGCGAGUAGGGGAUCUAGAAUUUCGGCGUCGCCUUGACGAAGGCAUACCCCUCCAUUAUACACUCACAUCUGGCAUCACUUUUUUUAGAAAAAAAAAACAAAAUCUUAUUCC